ACUUGAAUUUCAAGAUGGCUUCGGAUCACGGUCAGGAUAUGAUGAUCAUCCGCCGGUCUGAGACGGGAAAGCUUUGAUGUUUUAAAGGGCAUGUCUGUUUAAACUAAAGAUAUUCGCCUACCAUUAAUAUUUACCCUGUUAAUAUGUUGGAGGACGGUCUGAAUGUGUGUCAGGGUGAAAGACGAGCGGAGUGACGUUACAACAGUGAACCACAGCAGCUCCUCGGCUGUCAAACCACAAGAGGAUUUUGAAUGAGAUGGAAAAGACUCAGGAUAUCCCUGAACAUAUAUUUUCCUUCAUAUGAGAGAUAGAAUCAUUCUUCACUGGAUAGUUUAAAAGAGGAAUACAGUAGAGGUCAUUUGUGCUGCUCUCGGGAAUUGGGCUGCGGCCGAUGGGUAUGUUACAGGUUAUCCUCUCAGCGGGGUCCAGAAGAGCAGUGUCAUCUCCGAGCAUCACCUGUGAAGCUGAUGGUGGAGUCAUCUUCCUCUGGAGGCAGGGGUGCUGAGGCAGGCAUACCACCUCCACGCAUCGCAGAUGUUAUAGACAGGCAGGAGAACAUAAUGCAAGGCAUGUUCUCCAGUACUGGAACAUCACAGGGAGAGAAAAACCAACUGCAGAGCAGCCAGGAUCACGAGGUGCCAGAGUCAUGUGAUAAGACCAGUACCCAGCCAUGUGGCACUAAGCUCCCAAACGGACAUGGAGGCCACAGUGCACAUAAAGUGACUGAGUGGGACGAUUCUAACUCCUCUCAUCCUGCAGGAAGCUACUUGAAUCCAGAGGGUGAUCAUGUGAUUGCAAAUGGAGAGCUCUCCAGAGGUGGAGCUUUAGAUGCUAUUUCGUCUGUGCAAGCACCUCGAGAUGUAAACACCAGCUCGGACGACUGUUUAAAUGUCCAAAAUUCAGUGUUUAAUGACACCAGACGUUGUUCUGAAGGUGACCCGUCUUUGGAUAGGAACUCUUCAGCCAGACCGUCAGCUCCGAAACACUCUCUCAGGACGUUUUCCUCUAGCACUUUCCUCAACACUGACUCCACUCCUCUCAGUCUGGAUAAUGACGAGACCUUGUCCACAUCAGAUAGACCCGAGGACUCAACCUUCACGGACGUGAGUCUGAAACCCAGGAACACUUAUGAGAUCAGUCGACGUCAGAGUGCUCCAGACAACAUCCCUGGUGUGUUGAGUGUUGCUGUCGCAGAUCUGACUCUCAGUCAGAGGAAACACGGCAUCUCUGACUCCCUGAACAGAAGUCUGUUCCCCAGAAAGCAGAGGGAGGCCCAGAGUGCACCAGGAUGGAAACUGUUUGGAAAGGUCCCACUGAGAGAGAGUCCCCCCAAAGACUCCAAAACCAUUCAGCAGGAAAGUAACCCAGGCAAUCUCACCUCUGUAUCUACACCCAAUCUCUUAAGUUCGGGGGAGUACGAGGCCAGGGUGUCUAAACCGGACCAGGUCGCUCAGGGCCGACGGAAGAACCUGGAAUUCGAGCCCCUCUCCACCACGGCGCUCAUAUUAGAGGACCGUCCCGCGAACCUCCCUGCUAAAUCAGAGGAGGAAGCACAGCGCCACCGCCAGGAGUAUGAUGAAAUGGUGGCAGAGGCCAAGAAAAGAGAGCUGAAGGAGGCUCAGAAGAAGAAAAGGCAGAUGAAGGAAAGAUUUAAACAGGAGGAAAGCAUCGCUAACGCCAUGGUGGUUUGGAACAACGAAAUCCUUCCCAACUGGGAGAGCAUGCGAGGGACGCGGCGUGUGAGGGAUCUGUGGUGGCAGGGUCUUCCGCCCAACGUGAGGGGCAAAGUCUGGAGUCUGGCCAUUGGGAACGAGCUGAACAUAACCUCAGAUUUGUACGAGAUCUUUCUGUCGCGGGCCAAGGAGCGCUGGAAGAGCUUCAGAGACACAGGAAGUGAGAUGGAGUCAGAUGCGGACAGUGCCGACCGUGAGUCCAGUCUGGAUCUGAUCAAACUGGACAUCUCACGCACGUUUCCGCCGCUCUUCAUCUUCCAGAAGGGUGGGCCGUACCACGAUCUCCUGCACAGCGUUCUGGGCGCUUACACCUGCUACAGACCUGACGUGGGAUAUGUUCAGGGAAUGUCCUUCAUAGCUGCGGUGCUGAUUCUCAACCUGGAGGAGGCCGACGCUUUCAUCGCCUUCGCCAAUCUCCUCAACAGACCCUGUCAGAUGGCUUUCUUCAGAGUGGACCACGAGCUGAUGCUGAAGUACUUUGCGGCGUUUGAGGUGUUUUUUGAGGAAAACCUCCCCAGACUGUGGAAUCACUUCAGGAGUUCUAACCUCACGCCUGACCUGUAUCUGAUCGACUGGAUCUUCACCCUCUACACGAAGUCGCUGCCACUGGAUGUGGCGUGUCGGGUGUGGGACGUGUUCUGCAGAGACGGAGAGGAGUUCCUGUUCCGCACGGGGCUCGGGAUCCUGCGGCUCUAUGAGGACGUGCUCCUGCAGAUGGACUUCAUCCACAUCGCUCAGUUCCUGACCAGACUCCCGGAGGACACGCCGUCCGAACGCCUCUUCAGCUGCAUCGCCAACACUCAGAUGAUCAGCAGCAACAGGAAGUGGACCCAGGUGUUCAACGCCCUCAUAAAGGAUAAAGAAAUGGAAAAAGCAGCAGCCCUACAGUAAAUAACUCUUGAACUCUCGCCAGUUUUAUAUUUCCAGUUGACUUCAACUCUCGAUUGAAGAGGGGGUUGUAUAAAACAGGCUUAGAGAAAUGAAAUGAAGAAAAAGCUCAACUCGAUACCUUUGUAACCAUGUCAGUGUUACUGAAGUUACACGUUUGUAUGAAUUCAAAAAUAAUAAGCCUUUUAUGAGAUGAUAUUCCAGCAGCUAAGUCAUGUACUGUAGCAGAUACCAGCAUCUCAAUCUUCCUCCUCAUGGAGAGGACUGGUGCAUGUGAAGAAACACAGUACGUACCACAGACUUCAUUCAGAGCCUGUUUAAUGCACUUGAGCCUUUAUUCAUAGAAUAUCCCGGUUCUGUGAUUUUAAAUGUGAUGUUUUAAGUGGUUUUGUUUUGUAGAACAAGACCUUAAUGAAGUGCAAUAGAAAUUGUCAAAAUAAGUCUGAUGCAGUUAAUAAUGCAGGAAUAAUGCAUAAGGUGUGUUGAGGUGUUUGAAAGCUUUCUGACGCUUCUUGCCUUAGAAUUAUUGCAUUUUUUGCAGUCCUAUUGUGCUGCUUUAUUCAGUUCUUUUAAAACACUAAUAUAUAGCUUGAUUUUUCAACUGAGUCUUAUUAAUGUCAGUAAGACAGUGAAGAAUGCAUUUAGAGAUUUUUGCAUUUUGCAAACUGACCGUUAAAGAAUAAGAAUGUGUGGUGUAAUAUUAACAUUUGUGUGGUUUGUCUGUCUGAAUUUUGCUCAGUUAUUUGACCAAAUACAUUGUUUGUCAUGCCUUUUAACCUAAUAACCUGGAUCUCAAAACAAUUUUCGAUUUGGCAAUGUUGCAUUUUGAUGAAAAAUGUAAAUUGUAAUCCUUGGUUUGUUUUCUACACAUUCCUGGUUUUAUUGUACAGUUUUCAUACUCCAGUGAAGAUAAAUUGUAAAUAGGUGAAAUGUUUUGACACCAAAAAAUGUGGAAAUAAAUUAAAACUACCAUCAUA